AUGUCUGGUCAUCAUCAUGACCAUGGUCAUGGCCAUGGUGGGCACUGUUCUGGAGAACACGAUCACUCGAAUGACAUCACCCCGGCUCUUCAAUCUCUUCUCUAUUCCCAAAUCAACUUUGAUUCUAUCAACACCCUGAAUGGCAAGUUUUUCAGAUAUGCUACGUGGCAAUUUGAUACCAUUACUGUGACUGACUUGUCAUCAGAAGCCGCACCCAAGGCCGGAGCCGCGAUCGUCCAAAAGACCUGGGCAGAGCGACUGAAUGACGAGCCCGAGCUCGAGAGCGAUGCUGAUGAGCAGCUGCUCAUGUACAUUCCGUUCACUGGUCAAGUCAAAGUGCACUCUCUCCUUAUCUACACUGCCCCCACAUCCUCCGCUCCGAAGACCGUUAAACUAUUCAAAAACCGCGAUGACCUCGACUUCUCCAUGGCGUCCGAGCUUUCCCCAACACAAACAAUUGAAGUCCCACAGCCACAACCCGGUGCCGAUGUCUUUGAACUUCCUCUAAAUCGCGCCCACUGGAAUGCUACCACGUCUGUUACACUUUUCUUCGAGGACAAUUGGAGUGACGGGGAAGAGGAUGUCACCAAGGUAGGAUACAUUGGGUUCAAGGGCCAGUUCCUGGCAUUAAGCCGAGAGCCUAUUAAUUUCUUGUAUGAAGCGGCGGCCAAUCCCAAUGAUCACGUUGCUAUUCCCGGUGUCAAUGAUGUUGGGGGCCGGGUCAUGCCUGGCCAGUGA